AUGGGGAAACAAAUUGAUAAAGAGGGAAGAAAAAGUAGUGUAAUUUGCGAAGAAGAAGAGGAAAAAGAAAAAAGAGAGGACGAAAACCGUGAGAGCGGUAAAUUCACGCGUCAUCUGAUUAUGAAUGUAACAGCUGGAAGAGUUGAGUUACGGAAAUUGCUGUUCGUGUUAACAUUCUUGGUGCUGGCUGCAUUCAAUAAUUUGAUAGCUUUGGCUUAUAUCCAUGAUUUCGUUGGAAGGGAGGCUUUGCCUGAUAUCGUCUUUUCAGUAGUACCGGAAUUGUUGUGGACACUAAAAGUUGGUAAUGUGAUGGUUACACUUUGUUCGACUUCCCUCUUUACCUUAGUUUUUCUUCAUAAAAACCGUUUAAUUAUCAUCCAAGGAAUUGCUUUUAUUACGGGUAAGUCCAUCAUAUUUGCUGUGAAAUAGAAUUUUAUAUUUCGCUUUAAUAUAUUUUCAAGAGUUAUAAUAGUAAAAUUGUAGUAAUGUUGGCGUACUCUAUGGUGCUCUCGAUUAAUGGUUCAUAGAGACGAAAUGUAAAGCAACG